CAUCCGUUAGAUCAAACUUUUUACAUGCACUUGGACACGGUAGUCCAAGGUAAAAACAUGGUAAAAACAAAGCCAUAACACCACAAUUGGGCAAGUGUAUUCACCCCUUACAGUGCGCAUUAUAUUGCAUUGAGAUUUUAUCAAUCAAAUUCAGUAUCAUGUGCAAAGCUCAACAUGACUUUACAGAUUAAACUGAUCAGGUGAUUAAAGUCAUUAAUAGAAUUCUUGUAGAUCAAUAAAAAUGAACUACUGUAGUAUUUCCCUGGAACUGCCUUUGGUGCAGAGAACAUUCCCGUAUGCAAAGACAACCAUUAGCAUAACACUAGUAAUAUUAUCUUCAUGACCUUAUGGUUAAGAGAUUAAUAGUUACUAAUCUAGUGAGGCAUAUAACAUUUCUGAAAGACUUAAAUAUGCUGUAAAUAGCAGUAAAAACCAUUAUAGAGAAGUAGAGUUAAUAUGGUACCAGAAAAACCUAGCUGGAAGACCAUCUCACCAAAAUGAAUGACUAUCCAAGCAAGAAGCUCAUCAUGGAGACUGGCAAAGGCAAACCUUGACAUGCAGGAAAUGUCAAAAGAAUGUGGAGUCUUUGCUGCAGCUCCUUUUCACAUCUGAGCUGUGCGGCAGAGUAAGAAGAGGACAGCCAUUUCUCACAAAAAGAACAUCCAGUCCUGUCUUAAUUAUGCAAGAAAACUAACUCUGCUCCUUGAAAAAAUCUGGAGAAAAUACUGUCUGGUCUCUGGAGACCAUUUCUUAAAAUCCUCAUUCCAAAGGAUACGUCUGAUACAAAACCAAUCAACCACAGAACACAGUUCCUGUUGCAUGGCGGUAGCAGGGUAAAGUUAUGAGGCUGCCUUACUCCAGCAAGACAGGCUCAAAGGGGGUAUCCCAUCGCAGGGCACAAGGCUGGGGUACACCCUGGAUGGGAUGCCAGUCCAUCGCAGGGCACGAGGCUGGGGUACACCCUGGGUGGGAUGCCAGUCCAUUCCAUAGCACACACUCACUUUAAAUAGCUCAAAAUACAAUAAGCAAAACUCAGCUGAGUUAAAGAGAUGCACUAAUGCAAGCAAAGCCAAAACAAGUAUGAAACAACUGGCAAAACAAGCUUAAAGCAAAACAUCAGUGUCAAUGUCCAUGAAUGGUUCAGUCAGAACCUGGAACCCGGACUUGAAACUCUGUAGAAAACUUGAGGACUAAGAGGAGUUUGCAUAAUAAUGUGGGAGAGUUUAAAAACCCAGGUGUGGAUGGUAAAGAUAUAUCCAAACAGAUUCAGUACUGUUUCGUUUCUAAAGUAAAAAGUGCUUUUACUACAAAUGAAUUAAAGUGUGCAGAUUUUUAAAAAUAAGGGAUCAAAAAUGUUUUAUCAAUAAAAUAUUCUUUGCUUAAAUAUUAACAGUAAAAAUGGUGGAAAAACACUCAAUUUCAAAAUGGGUAUGUAGACUUUUGAGGUCCACUCUAGACACAUUCCUUUCCUUUGUAGAAGAUUCAGUCAACAAAUAUACGGCCUCUAAAAGCCAACACGUGUGAUCUGUUGUUCAUUCCUUCAGUGUCAUUGUACAAGUGUCUGUCAGGCUGUUUACAUAAGAGCAAACUGCUACUAUUGCACCCUUCCACCUGCAUACUUACCCCAUACCUCCUACUGGGAAGGCAGAGGGCGCAUAAACACAGUAAGUCUGGCAUACUUUAAGUGAAAGGCAGGGCAGAGUGGUGGAGAAAGGCUGUUAUCCAAAAGAGUUUUUUUAAUAACAUUAAGAAUGACACAAAAUGAAAGUGAAGAACUUUCAGUUCCUCAAAUUGUCCAGAGGAAGUGUCUUUAUGUGCCUGAUUUGUUUGUAUUUGGUUCUAAACUAAUGUUGAACUGUCUUGAUGAUACAGAGUAACAUUAUGGACUUGAGAAGAAUCAGAAAAUUUAAAUUUUCCCAAGGGAAGCUGUAUAUGUGCACAAUUACAUGUAAUACAUUUUAUUCUAUUGGUCAUGAUGCUUCCUUAUAAAGGGACGGUUGUUAAAUGUGGCUGUGUUUGUUUACGUAGCUGUGAAGAGAAAUGAGGGGCAGGGGCCUGUAGGUUGGUGUGAGGCAGAGUGGAUGGAAGUGUGAAGGUAUUACCAUUUGGUUAACGUGCGAACACCGACCCACAUAUAAAAAGCAAGGAUACCGAGAAAAGGGCAUUUGUGCGAAGAGCAAGGAAAAGGACAGACGUACAGUGAAACAACAUUUCCAAAACAAGGAUUUUGAAAGCCACAAAACUGAAGGAAUCUUUCAUAAAGUACCUAAAUGAAAGACAAUCUGCAUUAAGACAAAAAAAACGAAAACAAAUACUGUGAGUAGUAGGGGACUGACAGAGGAACGCAAACUGUGCGAGGAGGCACUGAGAGGGCAGGAGAAGAGGAACCUGGGAUGUUGGGGGUGGAAAUGUAUCCGAGUUUGGCCAUGGGGCCCCAGAGACUUACAGACUGCUGCUAUAGAGAACGGGAGACACCAUCGCACCUGCCGCUCUUCCCCACCACGUGUGAGAUGGCAGUCAGAGCUGCGCCCCAGCGCAUGCUCGCUCCACCUGUUCCCAGCGAGGUGAAUGGGAAAGAACAAGGCACCGUUGUCAUGGAGCUGGAAAACUCGUCCUUAUGGAAACAAUUCAGCAGCAUAGGGACUGAGAUGAUUAUUACGAAAACAGGCCGCCGAAUGUUCCCCCAGCUCAGAGUGAAGCUCUCUGGGCUGAACCCCUCUCUGCGCUACAUUCUGUUACUGGAAGUCAUCCCGGCGGAUGCGUCAAGAUACCGUUUCCAGGGAGAUUCCUGGCAGGCUGUGGGUGGAGCGGAGGCCCGCCUUCCCGAUCGUGUGUUCAUCCACCCGGACUCCCCUGCCACGGGCACACACUGGCAAAGCCGGACCAUCUCCUUCCACCGUGCCAAGCUGACCAACAACACACUGGACACACGGGGACAUAUCAUCCUGCACUCUCUCCAUCGCUAUCAGCCGCGCCUGCAUGUGAUUGAAGCCAGAGAUGUACUGAUGUGGGGAGGGGGUCGCCAUUCCUUUGUUUUCCCCGAGACCCAGUUCUUCACUGUCACAGCCUACCAGAACAGCAAGAUAACUGAACUGAAGAUUAAUUCCAAUCCUUUUGCAAAGGGAUUCAGAGAGAACGGAAUGAACAACAAAAGACAAAGGGAAGCUAGGCUAAAGAGGAAAAUAAGCUGCCAGACAAACCAACAAUCAGAACCAUUAGACGUGGUGUCUUGUGAUCCAUGUGAUUCCACUGAGCUUCUGCCUCAGUCAACAACAGACUGCCAGGAGCUUGACUUGGAGGACCUCCCGAUCCCCGACCCUGUCUGUGGCUUCAGCCCAAACGCCCGCGCCUUCCAAGAGGCACCUGUCGCAGGCGAGCCCCUGGACCUUGGCCAGGCCUACCCUACACCUACGAUUGCCGAGAUCACAGCUCCCAUCGAAAGUGUGCAAACGACACCCAGCGCUGAUAAUGAUGGCCUAAUUGACAACUCUGCCCAGAUGAUUCUCCCUUCGUACACUCCGGCAUUUCCCGCCACCUCCUCCAGCCCCUCCUCUUUCGCUGCUGCAGCACCUCCUCAGUGUCCAGCCUCCUACCCGCCUGGGCCCAGCACUGUGUCUCCCUAUCCAUCUCUUUCUGCAGCCUCAUCUACCUCACAGCCAUCUUCUGCCUCUGGAUCAUUGUAUCCAUCAGUGUCAUCUUCUUCCUAUCCUUCUCUUCUUCCUUCUCCAGUUCCUGCUCCUACUUCCUCUCCUUCACUGCCAGACUCUAGCUACCACUUGUUGUCCCCAUCCUCCUCAUCACCGCAGCCCCAAGGUCCCCCGUCCAUGCCAUCUUAUCCAGCUCUUACUCAGUCUGAUUCUCCACACCCCCUUGUUAGUCCUCCUCCUCCCUCGACCUAUCCUUCCCUUCAUCCUUCUGUCCCCACCCUCGCACCCCCCUCCAUCCUCAGUUCAAGUCUUCCACCUUCCAAUGUGCCUUCAGCCGCUAAUGAAAUAAGUUCUGCCCCCACUUCCUGCUCCUUUCCACCGCCCAAUCAUGGUUCUUCUUCACUCCCCAAUCCAGUUGCUCUACCGUCCAUCACCAGCCAGCCUCAUCCCUCUAUCAUCAAUUCAACAGUUACAUCCUCCAUCAAUACCCAGUGUAAUUCCUUGGUUCUUAACCAAGCUUCACCCACUUCUGCAUUUCCUUCGUUUCCUUCCUCUUCCGCUCUCCAUGCUUCUCAUCCAAUUCUUGGUUCCUCUGCCAGUUAUGCAUUAGCUUCAUCUACAGCUUCCUUUCCCACUCUCCCACCAGCAGCUCCAUCCCACCAUGUCUCCUCUGUUCCUAAUCAUCCUCUCCCACCAGCUAGCUACCUGCCCUUUGCCUCCCCUACUCCAUCCUCCUACCCUUCCUCUGAAAUAGGCCCCUUUCCUCAGUUCAACCCCAGUUCUCCUUAUCUACCAGAAAUGGUUCAUCACCCUCCUCUUAUGCCUGCUCUGGAUCCUUCUCUCCCUUCUUGUCUCCCAUCAUCCUCUCCUGCUUCUAAUUCUCUUUAUUCCUCCUUUCCAUCUUACCCAUUGAGAAUUUGUCAGGAUCCACGAUCCUCCUUUGCAAUUCCACUCAGGCACAUAUAUGGACAGCACCGACACGGACACACACAUGGUCAGGGAACCUACCUGGACAUUGGAGGGAGGAGUCUGUUAUAAUUUAUUAUUUUUCAAUAGAAAAUAGUAAUUACAUGCAGAAAGAACUUGGGAAUGAAGAUUAUUAACGGGACUAGUUUCUCGUUUUUUGGUUUGUCCUUCUGAAUGGCGAUAUAAAAAACAUUAAAAAGUUAAUAUGAGGAUGAGGUUUGUAUUCACACAUUAUAAGGUGUAGUUGUCCAAAAGUUUGUUAUGUUAGUUUGCUCAAUUGUAUAGGGGCAUGAUAAGAAAAAAUAGUUCAGUGAGCUAAUAGAAACUUUAGUUUGUUAGGUGUACAUUUUUCUUUCACUUUGUAAUAGCUUGAAUGGCUUGUCAACUGAAAUUUAAAAAUGCAUUUGUAAAUUUAAUACAUUUUUUUUUUACUACAUAACUCACUAUAAAUUCUUAAAAUAAAGCAUGUUUAUUUGAGUUA